CCUUCGUGUCACAGUGACAUGAAAUAACCCAACUCCGAGUUCGCCGUAUGUCCGUAUGCACCGACGAUUUGCUACGAAUGUAAUUAUAGUAUUACGUAUUUAUAUACACGAAUUCAUCAUUUGGAAAUUAGCAAAACUUGAGGUAACAGGCAAUUGAUCACCCUACAUCAAAAAAAUGGCACCACAGCUGAAGAUAUCAUCAAAUGUAAUCGAGAGACUAAACAAGGUGAGCUCAGCUUGUACCGGUCGACUGUAUGGUGUGGUCUAUGAAAAUACUCUUAUGGUUCUGACAUUUACCCUGGAUUCUGACAGCAGUGAGAAUGACACUGAUCCAAGUCAUGUUAAUUUGCAAUUGAAUAUGCCUGCAGAAAUUGACCUCUGUGGUGUGCUUGCAAUUGGAUGUAGUGAUGAAGCAAUGCUCUAUACUUUUAAGGAUAUUGAUGUGACGGACAACCCACUCCUUCUCAAGUGUGGAACCUGUGGCUUGAACUUGGAGUCAUACUUUUACAUUCACCAGAAAUUGGAACAGGCUGGAAAUUUCCAAGUCCUUACUGAGCUAGAGAUUUGGCAGCAAUUUGCAUACAUUCGACUUGAAGCUAGUUUUCCUAUUGUCACGGGAAAAGAAGGACUCAUAGAAGCCCUCCAACAAGCUAGAAAAAAUAUUGCAUCUGGCAAAGUAGGAUUCUAUUUACCAAGGAAGAAUAUUUACCUGUUGGGUGGAGAAAUUGAUCCUAAGGAGUCCUCGGUAGAACUUCUACAAUCUCCAAGUUGUACCAUGUACGAGGGUCUCAACACUAAUAAAAGCAUGAUCAAGCGUAUCCCUGACAUAGUGGAUGCCAUACCUGCAGAUAUGUUUAUGAUUUCGACAACAGAUAAAUUAUCAGAAGGAAGUGUCAAAUGUGCUCCUGUAUUGCAGCACAUAAAGCAGUCAUUUGAAUGCCUUGACUUCAACCUGAAGAUAGAUGCGCUUUCUUUAGUAAGUCUUGAUAUAGGAAUGGCUCAACUCUAUGCAGUCUUAGUGGAAUCUGUCUGUCGCAAUUUAAAAUUGAUUGAACAAUCUCUAUACAAACAACUCGUAGAAAACGGAGUUGCAAUUAAACUACCGGAACCAAUACAUUUCAAGCCACGAGGUUGUGGCCAUCUCUUUACAAUAACUUAUCCAGCUGCAAGUACCAAUGCUGAAAUGUUACAUUAUCGCACAAGCUUGCACGCGGCUCUUGCUUUAGAGACAACCAGACCCUAUUUUCGAAAAGAAAACGCUCUCAAGUUUCGGAAUGACAUAGUUGCCAAUAAGACACUCCUCAACCCUCAUGAAGCACUUCAGAACUCCGGAGUUCCAGGAGGCAAGUUAAGCCUAGUUGACGGACUUUAUGCUUAUCAUCACUACAUGCAAGAUGAAUUUGACGAUAAUGGUUGGGGCUGUGCUUACCGGUCUCUCCAAACGAUAGUCUCUUGGUACAGAUUGCAGGGUUAUACUGAUAAACCAGUGCCAAGCCACAGAGAUAUACAAAAAUGCUUAGUUGAUAUUGGUGACAAGCAGUCUACUUUUAUUGGAAGUAAGCAGUGGAUAGGCUCAACUGAAGUAGGAUUCGUACUUGAGAGCCUAUUAGGUGUCUCUGUCAAAGUUUUGUGUGCUUCAAGUGGUCAGGAAAUGCCAGCUCUGGCCUCUUCUCUGGCAUACCAUUUCCAAACACAGGGGACUCCUGUUAUGAUCGGCGGUGGCGUGUUGGCUCAUACAAUCUUAGGAGUAGAUUAUAACGAAAGCUCGGGAGAUGUUAAAUUCUUAAUUCUGGACCCCCAUUAUACAGGAGUAGAAAAUUUGACAACAAUUAUCAACAAAGGCUGGUGCGGUUGGAAGAGUCCAGAGUUUUGGAAGAAAGAUGCGUUUUACAAUAUGUGUUUACCACUACGACCGCAUUGCAUAUAAUACUUGGAUAAAUAAUAUAAAAGAUAUAUUUUUUUAUGGACGUAUAGUCAUCGAGAUAAUAGGAUUACAUUGAAUGAUUAUUUUGAGAUUGCGAAUUUUAUUUAUGUUGAAUGGUUUCAGAGUUGGGUUAGCUGACUAGAUGUCAACCUCUUGAAUUGAAUCAUUUUAGCUAUAUUUAAUGUCUUGGCAUAACAAUUCAGAGGUGGAAAAAGAUAAAACCAAUCUACAGCUAUUA